AAUUGAUUCUUCUAAUUCUUUACCAGCCCAAGCAAGAUUUUUGGUUUUACAGGACCAUUUGCAAAUUAAAACAUCAAGAAAGAAGAUAUUCUGGGUUUAUUACCCACCUAACCCCGAGGUGGCCAGGCGUUAAACAAAUAUGUCUUUCAAAAUUAUUGACAGAAUUCUUUUACAGAAAAAAGUAUUCAAGAGGAAUAAUUGGAGAAUAGUGCUGCUAGACUACAGAGAAGCAAGGAGUACAUACAUUGCGUUUAUAGAUCCUCUGGAGAGUAUGCAGCAUCUCAAGCUUCUGGAAUCUCAAUCGUCAUUGUCAGUGGAUAUCUCUGAUCUUCUGUUUAAAAGACUCUUUCGCAAAGCCUCUUGGUUUCUUUUCGUCUCUUCAGCGGCUAUACCACAGAUUAAGCUUCAAUGGGGAUCUUCUUGCUGGAGAUUCAUUUUCUUCCUUGGUCUGAAGAAAAUAAUUAGUGAUGUUCUUUUUCUUUCCUAUUUUCCUCGUUACAGCAUCAAGUCCAUGCCUGAACUAAGGAUCUCAGACCUCAAAUCAGAAGACUCCAUGGCUCUGCAAAUCUUCUGGAAACUCAUCUCACCACCAGUGGGGAGAGGCUCCUCUAAUGGAUUUUUCUGGCUCUGUUCAGUGUCGAUUGGUCUCUUGGGGAGGCUCCCUCUUGGUUUCCUGGCUUUCUGUGGGCUCCUAUUUUUUCCUUCUUGGAUCUGGGCUUUAAUAGCUAUAUGCCGCUGGAUGUUAUCUUCCUAUCUGAUCAGAACUCUUUACUUCUAUGAAGGGAUCUUGCUGGAUAUUCAUCUUCUUCAUCCAUCUCAGCUUCCAGUUGCCUUCUGCAUUGGAUUUCUCUGCAACAGGUUGCACUUCGCUGGAUAUUCAUCUUCAAUCAGGUUCGAUGAAGGAGAGUAUAUGGCAGAAAGCUUGGAAGUCUUCACAGUGGUUCAGAGAUUUUUUCUGAUUUUCGUUCUGAGACUAGUCAACUGCCUAGCAAUGGGGUUAGCAGAUCAGGCGCUUGAUCAGCUUGCCUUAUCCGUCUAUAUAAUUAUCAUAUCAGCUGUUUUUUCAGUUGACCAAUCAAAUCAAAGCCUUAUCAGAUUACAGGCUUUUCAACUGUCCUUAUCUGAUCAGAGCUUUUAUCAAGAUCAGAGCACCAGGCCUUAUCUGAUAAGCUUUGCUUUUAGCUUAAAUGCCUUCAGCUCAAUUCUCUCAGCUUACUAUGGCUCGCAGCUCAUGCUCCCAGCUCAUCCUUUCAGGUUACAAUUAGGGGUGUCAAACUUGUCGGCUUAA